AUGACGGUCACCCUGGAAGAGUUGGAGAGGCGUCUUGCUGCCAUCGAAAAGUCUCUGGAGACGGACGGCGAAGGCGGUGUUCUUCCAGCUCGUAAGACGGGUGGUGAUGCCCAGAUCAUGAAGAAGGUGGCCACGCGAUUGCAGGACUUCGAGUCGCAGAUCACAGCGCAACUGGCGAACCUCCAGACAGACUUUGACAAGAAGCUUUCGCAUGUCAACCGUGGUGCUGCAGCAACAAAGCCGGUUGAUGGCGCUGGCGGCGCGGCUGGGCUGGAUACUAUGGCGGAGGACUUGGACCAGCUGAAGUACGACGUCGGAGAGCUGAAGGAUUUGCUUGGUAACAACAAAGGCGAGGUGAACCACAUCCGCCGCAUCGUGCUGGCAUGUGAGCGGGACAUGGAGGACUUCACAGCUGCAAUGGACGCUGUCAAUGUGGACCUUGACGAGAUGCGCGCGCGGGUCGACGCCACACACUCCAUCAUCACCAGCCGACAGCGCGUGGAGGCCACCAUGACUGCUGAGAUCUCUACGAUGCGCCUCGACAUUGGUGACAUUCAAGAAGCGCUGAAGAACCAUGACUCGUGGAUGGAGGAUGUCUCAAAUACCCUCCAGCAGAUGCAGGAGAAGGAAGAGAACCUGACUGAAGACAUCAUCAAUCUUAAGAACGAGAUGAACACAAAGUUGGACACCAAGGUGGACAAUGUUGCUUGGAAGGAAGCCAACGAUGAUCUGGAUGCCGCGAUCAAGACUGUCCGUGACAUGGUCUCCUCUCUUCGCCUCGACGUGGAUGCCCGCCGCCGAAAGGUGGAUGAGAUCCUCGCAACCAUCAGGCACGACAUCACAGCCGUCGAGACAAACUUGGAGGAGUCCAAGGCCAAGAUCACGAGUGACACAGACCAGGCUGUGAAUGCCCUCAACGGUCGAAUUGACUUCACCAACAAGGAUCUGGCAGCCACGCAAGAGAGCCUGCACACCACGCAGAACUCCCUCAGCGACUGCUUCAACGAGGUGGCGGUUGUGCGAAGCGACCUGGAAAGAAACGUGGCAGACACAGAAGCGCGCUUGAAGAACGAUAUCCGCCAGAAGCAGCAGGAGGCUUUCGAGAAGAUCGGUGCUGUGGAACAGCAGGCAGAGCUCCGAAGUGCGGAGGCCUCCCGUCGCCUCGGGGCUUUGGACCUCCGCAUGAGCGGGGUGCAGGGAGGACUCGGAGAGCACAAGCGCGACAUUCUCAAGCUGCGCGAGGAGGUGAACGGGCUCACUGUGAAGAGCGCAUCGCAUGAAGUGGACAUUCAGAAGAACAGUGAUGCUGUCCGCAAGAUGGAGAAGCAGAGAAACAUGGAUGAACAGAAUUGGAAAGCACAGAUGGAUGCGGUGCAUGACGUUUUGGACACAAAGGUGAACGAGAAGCCGUUCGAGGACCUGAAGCACUGCACCGCUGCACUGACUCGCGGCGUGGUCAAGUUUGCCCAGGUGGUCGGCGUGUUCCCGGGCCCCAAGUUCGAUGACUCAGAGGGCGCAGACCAGGGGGAAGCCGAUGUCGAGCUGCUGGGCUGGGAGGAGUGUGCCGAGAAUAUGUCCUUCCGCGUUGACAAAGCUUGGCGCCAACGCUGCUCCCAGCGCUUCCGCAACGUCUUGGACAUGGUUGCGAAGAAAGCCGACCACAGCGUUCUCCGUCUUCUGCAGAUCUCGCAGCAGCACAUUGAGUCACAGCUCGAGCGCGUGAAGCACGAGCGUGAGCUUUGGAAGGAAGUGGUGGAGCGUCGACAGCAGCAGCCCUUGCAGCUGGCUCUUUCGAUGAAGGAGCAGCCCCAAGGCGGAACAUCUUAG